UUUUUCUUGUUAAAAGAGGGGGAGUAGUAUAAAGAAAUUUUCAUUGUGUAGAAAAGAAAGAGCAAAAAUUAUCUUGUAAUUUUUUGUGUACCAAUUUUACAAAAUUUAAGAUAACUUCCAUUUACCUAAAGCAAUAUUGCAAGAAACUCAAGCGUAAGCAAUUAAAAACAUAGGCGAUCAGAAAUUGUUUGUAAAUAAAGGAACAAAGUUGAUAGCAGCAUCGGAAAACCCCACGAAGCAGGAAGUCAUGGCAAAUAAUUAUUUGCAGCCAGUGCAUAAUCAUUUUGAUCUAAAUUCCACUGACCUAGAAGAUGUCGAUGAUGAUAUUUUUUUGAAUAACUCGCGAACAAAUAGCAGUUUAUCUGGACGUGGCAGUGGAGUUGGUGGCGCCAUGGGUGGGCAUAGCACCAACCCAUUUGAUGAGCCACAACAGAUUUAUGCCGAGAGGCGCAGGGAGAUUGAAGCACGCUCGCUGGAGUCUACGCAACGUAGUUUAGGCUUGCUAUAUGAAACGGAAGACGUUGGUAAAGCGACCGCAGUUGAAUUGGCCAAACAACGCGAACAGUUAGAGAAUACAUCACGACAGUUGGACGAAAUCAAUUCAACAUUACGUUUCAGUCAACGUCAUUUAAAUGGGUUAAAAAGCGUUUUUGGUGGACUAAAAAAUUAUUUAUCUGGUAAUCGAGACGUGCCACCGUCACGUUCACCUAGCGAGCAGGGUUGUGAUGUUCAGUCGACGCAACAACAACAUUCACAAGAAAAUGCCGCCAAUAAUAGCAUAUCACCAAGGGUUAUGUCCCCUACCGAACGUUACGACAAUCAUCCAAUCAGUCGCAUUCGCGAUGAUUCCACUGCAUAUAAACAACGAGAACAGGUACAAGCACAGCGGCGCAAUAAUCCAUUCGAAACGCAAUUGGAAGCAAAUUUAGAGGAAAUGUGCGAUAAUUUGUCGCGCUUGAAAUGCCUGGCUACUGAUUUGGGUGGUGAAAUCGAAUCGCAAAACGAAUUGCUGGACAACAUGAAUUAUAAGGUCGAAGAUGUUGAUCUGAAAAUGAAUAAGCAAAAUAAGGAAAUGUACAAAUUGCUGGGUAAAAAGUGAGCGACGGCAAGGAGCGUUAAUAUGAAAGAACAGCUAAUUAUGCUAAGCGAAUAUAGUAAAUUUUUUGUUAAUAAAAUUUAUAUUUAUGUAAUAGACGCAUACAUUAUAUAUUUAACACACGCAUAUGCUAGUUUUUUAAGUAUAUUUUGCUGCAAAUGAGUAAAAUUAUAGUUUAAUCGAUACAUACAUACACAUAGAUACCUAAAAUUUUAUACUGAGUUCCUGUUAAACUUUUUUCUUUUAAGCAUUCCCCGUUGUAUAAUGGAUUUUAUAGUUUCUUUAAAAAUUUAUAGAUUGAGCAAAAUGUUUUAAUAAAAUGAAUUACAAAAUUUGAAAAUUUCGGCAUUCGAAUUAAACGGAAUAUAAAACAAAAAAUCUUAUUCAACAUAUCUUUAGCUGCGUAUGCAACAUAUUAUGUUUAUGGAAUUAAAUGGCUUUGAUUUGAAAGUAACUGCAGCGUUAGCGCUUUAUUAAAAUAUAAAUUGCAUAAAAUAUGCGUAUAUAUCACAUAAUCAACACGAAAUAAAUGGUAAACGUUUUUAUAAUAAUGAAGUAAUAAGAUAGUAAUAAUAAAUAAGAGGAAACAAAUAAAAUUGAUAAGCUUUUCUUAUGCCUAACGAGAGGUAGAGAUAAGUACAAAAGAA